AUGUAUGCAACCGGACUCGCUGGUGGGAAGCCCUGCGUGAGGUUCUUGGCUCCGAGCCCUCCUCGCCCGCCACGUCCACGUGUGCUGCGUCGAGCCGAUGCAGAGUUCUCAAAGAAGGAGAUGCUGAAGUUUGCCAUUCCGGCCCUGGGCAUUUCAAUUGCGUCACCGUUUAUGACGAACAUUGACAACGCCUUUGUUGGCCGUUUGAGUGGCACCAAAGCUUUAGCGGCGAUGAGCCCCGGAAGCGUGUUGUCCGACUACAUCCUCUAUCUUUUUGUUUUCUUACCACGAGCCACUACUGGCUUAGUGGCCCGCGCCCUGCCGUGGGGCCGCCCAAAGGCGGCCCAGCGCCUGGGAACCGCGUUGAGCACUGCGCUCGUGUUGGGCACAGUCCUUACCGCGGUGUAUGUUUUUGCUACCCCUUUACUCUUGAAUCUCUUGGAUGUGGCCCCAGAGCUCAGGCCUGGGGCAGGGACCUAUGUCCGCGUUCGUGGCUUGGUAGCCUGGGCAGCGCUGAUGCAAAGCGUGGCCUUGUCGGGGCUGCUGGCGGCCAAAGAUAGCCUCACGCCUCUCAAGGUGGUCCUUUUUGCUGCCCUCCUGAACCUGCUGGGGGACUUCUUCUUAUGCGCGUGGCCCUUCCACUGGGGAAUUUUCGGCGCCGCGCUGGCCACGAGCAUCUCCACCCUGAUGGGCUUCCGGAUGAUGUGGCGCGCCCUGCGCAGGAAUCGCCUGAUGCCGGGGCAUUUGUCGAUGCCAAAACGCGAAGAGCUGCAACCGCUCUUGGAGUAUGCGAAGCCCCUUUCAGUGGUGAUCCUCUUCAGGUUCAUGAGCCUCACCUUCAUGGCCAAGUGCGCGGGCAUGAUGGGCACAGCCGUGACGGCGGCCUAUCAGGUCUUGGCAAAUGUCAUCGUGCUGUUUGGCCUCUUCGGAGAGCCGCUUUCACAGACGGCGCAAACCAUGCUGCCCGGCCUCUUGGACCGGCCCUCUCGCGAGGCCAGAGAGCUGAUGAAGAACCUGGCGGUGGUUGCUCUGGGCAUCGCGGGCAGUGUCGGUCUACUGAGCGCCGUGGCGUUGAAGGCCUCAGCACAGCUCUUCACCACCGACCCACAGGUGCAAGGCAUUUUGCGUGGCACCACCAUGGUACCUGUGACCGUUGCGUCCUUGAUUUUGUCACAAGUGUGUGAUGGUGCGAUGCUGGCUGCUCGGGAGUUCCCGCUUGUCAUCAAAAUCACAGUGGUUGCGACCUCCUUCCAGGUGUUGCUGCUGAUGGCAGCCACCCAUUUCAACUGGAGCUUGGAGGGCCAAGCGAUCUUCGAAGCUUUUCAGGAGUUGCACGCGCCCGGCGUGUCGCUCCGGAAGCCGGUGACGUGGCCAGUGGAGGAAGCUGCAGAUGUGCUUUUCGUGCAUCCCAUGGCUGGGAAUUGCGCCUUGCUCGAUUCGCUUCUGCAGAGUCUUCCGCGCGUAGAGGAUUUGCCGAAGCUGCUCUACGUGGGCAUCAACCCCUUGCUGCCUCCGCCCAUGCUUGUGGUACCCGACUUCGUUCGUCACUGGCAGAAGCACCAGACGUUGAGUCAGAAAGUCAUGGACUCCCACACUGAGGAGCCUGAUGCCUGGGCGGUUCGUUCGAUGACCAGCCACAUCUUGGCGCAGUGCUCCCUGUCCCAGGUCACGAAGAUGUUGAGCCGGUAUCGCCUGCUGCAGGUCGAGCACCUUUUUGCGGUCUUCGCACAUCAAAGCCUCUUCCGGGCGCUGCAGCUGGAGGAGCCUGGACAUGUAGCAGAGUUUGAAGCCUGGCGAGGUGGCUGGUUCUGCUCUCCCUUGGCAGCGAGCCUGUUCUCGUUGGAGCAGUUCGGUGUCCCAGAUGAGCGCUGGCUGGCCAUUGGAGCCAUGGAUGAAGAGGAGUCACAGGCGGCCGCCGAGGAGGCCAGCUGCAGCUUUUUGGCUGCGCAAGAGCUCCAAGCAGAAGAGGCCUACAUGCGCUGUGGGAGCAGGCGCACUUCAUGGGCUCAAGGUUUGGCCAUGGAGGGCAUUGACUUGCGGCGGCAACGUGUCCAGUGGGUGUUGCGGCAGCCCGUGUUGCCAGGUGUGGUCUUGGAACUGUCGAAGACAGGACGUGGCUAUUGCUCUGACGAAUGUGAAUGCUUUGCGCCAUGGCGCGGCUUGCUCUGUGAUACGCUCGAUGCUGGCGGCACCACACAUCGCCGGAACUACUCGGCUGCGAUCCAAUACAUCGUCAAUGAGGACCCAACCCACCUGGCAGAGUUGCGGCACUCGCUGCGGAACCUGUGGCGGCACUUUAACCAGAAGUUCGACUACCCGGUACAGAUCUUCCAUGAUGGGCUCUCCGACGAGCUUCGCGCGGGCUUAGUGCGGAGCUCGUCCAACCGGCUUUGGUUUCAUCACCUUCCAAAGGACUUCAUCCCUGAGCCUCACCAGCUCCCACCAGAACUUUCAGUGGAGGACGAGCACCGUAGCGUCUCUCAUACCUUCUCCGCAGGAUAUCGAGCCCAAUGUCGCUUCCGCUCGGGGCCUCUCUUUGAGCAUCCUGCUGUGGCGACGCUGGACUACCUAAUGUCCUUGGAUACGGACAGCAUGUUUCCUCGCGAGGUGAACUGGGAUCCCAUCGAAGCGAUGCAUGGCAACGGCUCGCGGGUCUUAGGCUAUUCCAGCUUGCUGGUAAGUUCAAGCGCGUAUGUACGUGGGUUGUGGCCAGCGGUGCUGCAAUUCUUGGCCUAUGAAGGCCUCGACCUGCGACAGGGUAGGGCACCAGAGCACUUCUUGCGCAGGCCUCAAAGACCUAGGACCACUUGGUGGCCUACAAUGGGCUGGUGGUCAUGA